UGCUGGCCGCCGACGGUGACAUGACGACCCACUCGCACCAGUUUACUCGGCAUCGGGGGUGCUGCUAUGAGCUCUUCGGCUUCGACGUGCUCCUCGAUGAGGCCCUUAAGCCGUGGCUGCUCGAGGUCAACAUCUCCCCAAGUCUGUUUGGGUCCAGCGCGCUCGACCGGCGGAUCAAGGGCACGCUCAUGGCCGACAUCUUCCACCUCGUCGGCUUCCGUCCGUUCGACCGCAUGGCCCUGAGGAGAGAGGAGCGAAGGGAGGCCAAGCACAUCCCGGGCACGAGGCGAGCUGUCCGAGCCGUGGCGGGCAGGCCACAGCACCGGGCCGGCCACUUCCGCGUCCUCUACCCCACGGCAGAGAACGUGACCCGCCUGUGGCCAAUAUUCCGGAGCCCCCGCUUCCUAAAUGGCGUGCUCGCCCGCUGGGUCUUGACCGGAGGCCUCACGAACCCCACGAACCGCCAGGACAUCGGACUGAUCGCUGAGCGCCUGGCCACCCUAGGCAAGUCCCAAGGAGGGAAAGCCUUGAGUAGUACCAGCGGCGGCAUGAUCGCCGGCGGCGGCAGCAAGGGCCCCAAGGGGAAGGGCCGCGGCUUGUGGGAAGAGACCACUUCCAACGCGACAACAGUCGUGACUACGAGGGGGGGCGGCGGCGCGAGGCUAGGCGAUGAGCUCCCGGGGGCGUCGCCUUGGUCGGGGUCGGGCGGCGAGCGGCCGGCAUCGUCGGCGACCUCGCGAGCGUCUCGGCCUUCCGCGGCCCGGCGUCCGCCAUGUAGAGCCUCCGCAGCGGUGGUGCCGUCGACGGCGACGACAGCGAAGGUGGCGGCGGCAGCGGCGGCGGCAGCGGCGGGGAGGGGUACACAGCAGCAGCUGCACCGGCAGCAGCAUGGCAGUAGUCAGCAUCUCUCGUCGGAGGGACGAGGUGGCGGCGGCCGCGGCGCGGUGGCGGGUCACAACGUUGUCGGUGGCGCGGAAAGACCGUCUCGAGUGGUGCCUCGGCUGCAGCUGCGCCGCGCCGAGACCAGGCUCGCACUCGCGCCUUCCUUGCUCACCUUGCGCACGCCCGUCGUGCUGUCGUCGUCGUCGAGAAGGGGUGGAGGAGCCGCCACCCCGAGCGGUAGCGGCAGCCGGGAAGGGGGGUCGGACGUCGCCCCGAGAAGAAGGGCUUCCUCGGCGUCAAGCUCCCGGCCGCCGUCCACCCACCGGCUGGAUGGAAGUGGCAACAGUCGGGGAGGGAACCCCAGCGACAGCGGCGGCGGCAGCGGCGCGCCGCCGUCCGUCGUGUCGUUAGAAGUCAAGCCGCUCGGCUUCACCAGCGCGCUCAGCACCGGCGAGAAGUGGGGGCCCCAGGUUGCCGCCUUCCCGGCGCCGUUGCUGUGCUUGCCGGGAGCGGCGGAGGUUGUGAAGAAAACCAAUGCAACACCGAGGAGACGGAGCCUGCAGCAGCACCAGGAUCACGAGCAGGUGUUCGCAAAAUCGAAUAGUAGAGUCCCGGCCCUGCCCGACGGUUGCGGCGGCGGCGGCGGCGGCGGCGGCGCCACCGCCGUGAGCCCGCGCGGGGUUAGGCAGGCGGUGACCGGGAGAAACAGCAACGAUCAGAUAUGCUUCCCGCGACCCCCGUGCCGGGCCGCCGGCCGCGCCGAGGAGGUGGCGACGGCGGUGAGUGGUAACGGGGACGAUCCAUUCGCGACAGGCCUAAUGCCGUUCCGUUAUGCUGGUGCUACGUUGUCGACGGACGGUCCGGCGUCGUUUCGGUCCUUCUCGGGAGCGUCUCUCCGGUGUCACGCUGUCGCGCUCGCCGAUUGGCGCCAGCAGGGCGCGAGCAGCAGGAUCGUCGAUAGCAUGGCGAGCGUUAGCAACGGCGGCGCGCCGCCCUCGGACGCGGAGCCGGCGAGAGGCGGAGGGGCUCGCGAGAGCACGAAGGCGGAAGCAUUGGCGACAAGGGAAGAGCUUUUUCUCGGCGCGGCUGCGGCGAGCGGGCGUGGCCGCAACGUCGCAGAUUGCGUCCGGCCUUGAGGCAGGGCCGAAAGACAACAGGGAGAAAGCGUGGUUCGCGUCCCGGGGGUGCCGUGUUGUGGGCUUUUUGAUAGUGGUAGGGGAGGGGGGUGGGCUUCGUCCAGCCCGUGUUUGAUGCCUCCUCGCGGCGGUUGAAGGUGAUGCCCACUGCGGAGGGCUGAGCGUGCGCUGUUGACGGGGUGCCAGGAUACCGUGCGAGUACUUUCGAAAUCCGAAAGGGACAAGAGAGAAAGAGGUCUCCUCCUCGCUUGCUUGGUCUCUGAAGCUUCUGACGAUGUGAUCUUUCGCCGCCGUAGUUCCCGCGAAUAACUCUUGCCUGGUCCUCCCCUUGUCAACAGUGGCGGCGGCCAUGGUGGGGGAUGGCAGAGCUUGGUGGUGGGGUCGGUGCGCACGGGAGGGAGGGAUGCAGAACGGGGUUCGAAGGGAGGGAAGGGUAUGAGGACCGGGUUUCCAUCGUUCAGUUGUUUGUGAGGUAAAAAAUGAAAGAGUUCAUCCCUCGUGACGCUACAUCCCCAUGUGUACCGUAGACAUCAGCAUAUCAGAGCCUGAUAGAAAAGAAACUAAAAAAUUGAGAUGGAGAGUGACAAGUAGGCGUCGCAACAAACAAUAGUUCAGGGAUCCUCGGUUGUACGCUUGUUGCUUUGGGCCUGUCCACCACAUAUCUUGUGGAAUGAAGAAAUCCCCCGCAGCUUUAUGUGGCACCACAUGCAUUUUCGUAGGAUGGAAUGAAACGGGCCCCGUGAACGUAUAUGUGUGCCCGACGGGAAAUGUCCUCUUGCAGUUGUAGCGAUAGAUAGCGCUGUGCUCUAAGUCGCGGGUAACCCGACGACCGUGAGACUUCUCCAGUGCAGUUCCACAAUAAUGAAUCAGUUCUUGUUCCCCGUUGCUUGAGCGACCUUCGGCAGCAAUACACCCAGUGACACACUUCGAUUUCAUUGGGGGUCAGGGCUGAAGGUAUUCGCGUUGUCUUCAAAAUCAGUGACUGAUCGAUUUGCGGAAGGCUGUUCAAGCUGCUGGACUGUCAAAGAGUGAGUUCGAGGUGGUCGUGCGAGGAAGAGCAUUUCUACUAAAAGUCUUUCAGGUGUGAUGCGCAGAAAAUUGCUGCCAUUCCCAUU